CGCACAGCACCGUGCCACAAUUCUUCGCUCGUCGUACUAAUCGUUUGGUUACACGUUUGUCUCCACAAAAUGCAAACUCAGUUUCGUGUCCUCGUUUCGUUGGCGGCAGUCGUAAUCGUUCUGACUACAUCAUGGAUCUCCUGGAAAAUGGACUACGGUUUUGGCUCAGGGAUAGACAGAAGCCUUUCACCAUCGGUACCAGAUUUCAUGAACACCAGCUGGGAACAUGAGAAACAGUCUUUUCAUCCUCAUCGAAUCGUCAUCAUCGGUUCCGGACCUACAGCUCUGGGUGCUGCUAAAAGACUCUACGAUCUCGGGCACGGCAAAAACAACAGCGUGAUCACCAUCCUGGAGGAGCUAGGCAAACCAGGAGGCCUAGCCUCGUCUGUCAGGGAUGAUAAAGGCUUUCUCUGGGACGUCGGAGUUCAUGUCGUAUUCUCCCAUUACACCUACUUUGAUCGAGUCCUGAACAUGGCAGUACCCGAGUGGAACUACCGGCGCAGGGCGUCAUUUGCCUUCAUGAAAGGAUCAGAUGACACGAGGAGGUUCAUUCCUUAUCCAGUUCAGAACAACAUUCACGUCAUGGAUAAAAUUGAUCAGCAGAAAAGCCUGAAAGGCUUAGAGGAGAUUACCAAAAAUCCCAGCACCCGUAAACCAAAAAAUUUCGACGAGUGGCUGCUGCAGAAAUUUGGAGAGGGUCUCGCUGACGUCUUUAUGAGGAAAUACAACCGGAAAAUCUGGACAGUUGACACCAAAGAAAUGAACUCGGCCUGGGUUGGAGAGAGGGUUGCCGUACCAGACAUUAAAGAGAUUAAGACCAAGAUUGCAGAGGUGGACAACGGGACAGACGCCAAGGAUUCCGAAUGGGGACCGAACCGUUUCUUUCGUUUCCCCAAAUAUAAUGGGACUGGUGGAAUUUGGGAGUCAGUUGCGAGAAUGCUUCCAAGCCACUGGUUCAGAUUUCACGAAAAGGUAACUGCAAUUGAUAUUGACCGAAAAAUCAUCACCGUCGAGACUGGAACUGGCGUUAAGACAUCACAUUACUCAUUAGCAUACGAUACCUUAAUAUCGACGGCGCCCUUAGAUGUUUUUACAUCAUUGUUGCGAAGCCACGAUGUUUCCCUAUGGCAGAUGCAAGAGCUAGCAUCACAGCUGGUGUACACGCACACUCACAUCGUAGGCAUCGGCCUCACCGGUCAACUACCAAGGAUCCUCGCUGAUAAAUCGUGGGUGUAUUUCCCGGAUUCUGAUUCUCCUUUCUACCGCGUGACAAUGUUCUCCAAUUAUUCAGAUGACCAUGUACCAAAACCUGGAGCAUACUGGUCGCUUAUGUGCGAAAUAGCCGAACCACAGAAAAGUUCUAACCCAGCGUAUUGGAGUAAGGACAACUUGAUAAAAGAAUCCAUUCAAGCCUUAAUCUUGUACGGGUUUAUCACUGCUGAUAUGGUAGUCUCCAAGCACUACCGUCGAUUGGACCACGGAUACCCCGUCCCUUCACUUAAAAGGGAUACGAUCCUUGACACCAUACAACCUUGGCUGAAAAUCAAAGACAUCUACUCCCGUGGACGGUUCGGAGGUUGGAAAUACGAGGUUGCCAAUCAAGAUCAUUCCUUCAUGCAAGGGGUCGAGGCCGUGGACAAGUUCCUUAGCAACGUUCCGGAGUUAACCUACCCGGAUCCGAAUCGGGCCAACUCCAAGAAAAACACAGAUCGCACCAUACCUUUGGAUUAUGAAUUCGCCAUCGCACAUUAUAACGAGAAUCUUGAUUGGAUAAAGCCUCACGCCAACCACACCCUCAUCUACCAUCAAGGGAACGACCUGGGUCCACCAUUCCAGUUCUAUGGCUGGGAGCGGCUGGAAAACCUUGGACGCGAAGCUCACGCUUAUCUUGUUCACAUUACCACCUACUACAACCAACUCGCCAACGUCACUGUCUUUGCUCAGGGAGACAAUAUGCAAGGACGAUGCUACAAAAAUAUAAUGCAGUUUAUCGAUUCCGCCAAGAAGGGUAUCCCUUGUAAAAGAGCAAAGGUACUCAAAACUUGGGGGCAUUUGUUUUUCCCUCCCAAAUAUUUGGCUCGUUUUAAGAAGUAUAAACUAACCAUGGCAAAUGGGACUUUAGGAGAGAUGUACGAAGAUCUGUACGGUGAGCCACCACCAGCCAAAGGAAUGUGGGUCUGCUUUAACGGCUGUUUUGGGGCUACCAAGCAACAGAUCCUUAGACAUCCACUAGCCUUCUAUCAGAAGGCUCUAGCCUAUAUUAGCAAAACUCCAAAUCAAGAAGAGGGUAAUUACUUAGAGAGAUUGUGGUAUCACUUCUUCGAAGGGGUUGAUAAACCUCCCAUUGUCCAAAAUGCAACUAAAAAGGUGUAAAUGGCCUCCCUUCUCGAAGCAUGAUUAUCGUGUGCCUUAAUUCAUCAAAGUCAAGAAGUAAGGUUGAAUUCCUUCCAUAGAAACAUAUUGGUUUGAUCUUUCAAAUGGAAAUCGCUUAUCAAUUUGAACAUAUAAUUUGGAAUAAGAAGCCGAUGCUGUAGUAUAUUCAAAGCAUAGACAACGUACUUUAAAUGUUAAAUGCAGUGUGAUUCAAAAAGAAAGUAACCGAGCUUGCAAAAAUUUAAAACGAUAUGUGCUCACUGCGUAAUUUGUAUUCUCUAUUUACAUGUUCUUUCUGUUUUAAUAGAAAUACCCCGAAAUUCAGCUGUUUACGAAUGGUCAUCAUACGCUUUGAUAAAAAUCCUUCAAAUAAUGCGAACAAAUCUUCCAAGGGAACCAGACAAAACUCACCAAACGUGCGUCGUUUUUGUUC